UAUUGCGCUCAUGCGUUUCUCUUGAUGUCAGCUAGUUGAGUAUUCUCAAUAUUAUCUCACUAUAAGGAUGUUGUGAUAUGUAAGUUUGGAGCUGGGCAAUUCUAUUGCAUUACUAGCUGUUGAUAAAAUAGGUAUUUCUGUCGGCCGAAAUGACGGAGGCAAGAAGGCGGAUGCACGGGUCUGUUGAAAACAGCUUACGCCACGGAGGAGACGAGAACAGAGAGGAGGGUGCAUAGGCUACACAAAAUACUUUCCCUUUAAACAGGGGACACGGCGGCGGGGGAUAGAUAGAGAGGGGAGAGGGAAGAUAUUUAAAAAAAUAAAUAAAAGGAAGAAAGACAGCGAGGGUGGGAGGGAGAGAGAAAUAGAAAAAAAGAAAGAUGUCAUCCUCUCGUUUGAAAAGCCGAGGCGAAGCUUGGAUUGCGGCCGAUCAGGGACUCUCUAGCUAGGGACACGAUUUUACGCAACACCGAGGCUUUGGAAUCCACCACCGCUUUGGCCUCUCGGAGCUAUCGAAAUAAAUGACUCUUCCUCCACGCAUUUACAAACAACUGCGGACUUAUUAUUACUUUUGAUAUAUUUUUUCCUUAUUUUCAAUAACCUAAUUUAUGCAUCGAUUUGAGAAUAUAAUUUUUCCUUGGGCUAUAAUAUAAAUAUACAAUGUAAAUUGCAUUGUAAAUGCAUCAUUAAAAGCAUGCAUCAACCAUUUUGUCGCAUUUUAGUCAUGUUGCAUCCUUUCGUCCCCACACCAUAUAACAACAUAUUAGUCUAACAUCAUUACUGUCAUAUAAUAUUGGCAUAUAACUGACAGCCUUUCAAAAUUGAUCAUUCAUCUUCAAUAAUAAUUUAUUUUGUUGAAUGCACCGCGAUUUAAACUUCCACACAGAGAUAUUCACCUUUUGAUAUUUAAAACUGCAGAGAGAAACUAGGUAGGCUAUUACAGCAGGUGGAGUGAUUCAUCAGUUGGCCCCAGCCUAUGGUUGGUUGGCCCUGAGUCUCAGGGGGAUAAUAAUUUCUAGUUUUGACACCUGGAAUAAAAGUAUCUGACAUCAUCUUGCUUCAAAAUGGAUUCUUCUUGGAGUAAUUUUCUGUUUCAGACUCCUCUCUCACAGACCCAGUCUGAGACAGCCCUCCAAUCAGAGCUGCUUCCGGACAUGUCUGGCUCUGCCCAGAGCCCCCCUACAGAGCAUAUAGCCCCUCCCCCAUCCACAGUGGACACAGCCGCCCUGAAUGAAGAACCAUUACCUGAGAAGGCCGUCUCCAAGCCUGGCCGGCCGACACACAUCUGCAACACAUGUAACAAGCAGUUUAAAAACAACUACAACCUCCGGCGCCAUCAGUCGGUGCACACUGGCAUCAAAAUGAAGGACAGAGCAGCCAGAGAGAGGGAGGAUGAGAGCAAGGGAGGAGGAGGACGGCAAACAAUCCCUCUCUCCCUCCUCCACCUUUCUCUGCCCUCUCAUCCUCCUCCCGCAGAAUCCCUCCCCCAACCCUCCCCACUUGGAAACCAGGAGAGCCAACCUGUUGCGGUGUCCAUUGCCCCAGCUACCGUCACUAUGGCUGCGCCCCAGGUGCUCCAAGCUGCAGUUGUGGUUGCCGGGACAAUGGUACAGAACCAGAACCUGGGGCCUCAACCCAACCCUAGCCCCAACCAGGUAAGGAAGAACCAUGCGUGUGAGGCCUGUGGGAAGGCCUUCCGAGACGUGUACCACCUGAACCGCCACCGGCUUUCCCACUCGGACGAAAAGCCCUACCACUGCCCCAUCUGCCAGCAGCGCUUCAAGAGGAAAGACCGCAUGAGCUACCAUGUACGCUCACACCAAGGAGGGGUGGAGAAACCUUAUGUCUGCCCCCACUGCGCCAAGGGAUUCUCACGACCUGACCACCUCAACAGUCACGUCAGACAGGUGCACUCCACUGAGAGACCCUUCAAGUGCCCGACCUGCACGUCUGCCUUCGCCACGAGGGACCGUCUCCGUGCCCACCUGAUUCGCCAUGAGGAGAAGGUGCCGUGCCACAUCUGUGGCAAGCUCCUCUCUGCUGCCUACAUCACCGAUCACAUGAGGGUCCACAACCAAUCACAGCACCAUGCCUGCCACCUCUGCAACCGCAGCUUCACCACCCUCACCUACCUGCGUGUCCACGCUCAGAAACACCACGGCCAGGAGUGGAAGGAGAGCGGCGGGACACGGGGCAUGUUCGGCGGGGCCGGUGCCGGCGGGGUGCUGCUGUGCCAACUGUGUGGGGUGCAGUGCAAGACACCCACCCAGCUCCAGGGCCACAUGGGCACCCACGCCGUCACCCAGGUCCAGGGCGAGCCCAGCAGUACCCUCGCGGGGACCGGUACCAUGGCUGUGGCCGUGUCUCUGUCAGGCAGCUCAACCGUGGGCCUGCUGGUCACUGACUGCUCCAGCAUCGCCCCCCAUUCUCUCAGCUAGCAGCCAGGCCCAUUGGAGGGAAGGGGGAGAGGGGAUGGAGGUAGAGGGGUUUUGUGGAGACUGCAGUCAGGAGAGAGGAGUGGAUGUGGCUCUGGGGUGAAGUUUCCCCUAAGUACAGAUGUAGGAUCAGCUUCCCCUCCCCCAAUCCUAACCUUAACCAUUAGUGGGAAAACUGAACCAGGAUCAGCAUAUAGGGGCAUUUACCCUCCAGUGGAUGUCUAUGUAUGUUAUGAAGGCCAAAAUAUGCUGCAAACCAGGUCCCCUUUGUAUUUGAUCCUAUUUAAAAUGUUGCUGUUGUUUAUGCAACAGUCACUUUCUCAACUGCCAUUGGUGGACACGAGAAAGGGGAGGAAAGGAGAGACCAUGGAAUCCCCAUUUUUUUUCUUUCAAUUAAAUUCUACUGAACGAAAUAUAAAGUUUUCCGGUGCAAAAUGCCACUUUUCCAUUCACACAGAACACAAACUCCCAUAACAAUGUUUGGGAUUUUACAAAUACAUCGCCAUGUAUUUUCCAUGGAAAUAUUGAUUAUACAAUAUAUGAUCACCCAGACGCAGUAUGAGCUGUGGUCCUACAUUGGCUUUUAGCUUUUUCAAAUGAACUGUCUCCAACAUUUACAUUUACAUUUAAGUCAUUUAGCAGACGCUCUUAUCCAGAGCGACUUACAAAUUGGUGAAUUCACCAAUUCCAAGAAAGGACUGUUGCCUUUUCAUCAGAAAUAUGUCAUCACCAUGUAACUUUACCCUAUAACUGAUAGACAGGUGGCAUCAAAUGGGUAUUUAUUUGUAUAUUUGGCCACUGAAUGCUCAUCUUUCUUUGCUUUUAUGAUCUUGUUAUUACUCUGGAUGCUCUGAUUUUUUUAUUCUUUCAAAAAUGCAUUGAUCUGGAAAGUAUUUGUACUUUUGUGACACGUUUUUGUGAGACUGUAUUCUUGACUGUUCAUUUGUUGGUGUAGAAUCUCCUCUGUUAUUAACGUCACUGUAUUAAAGCCGUAGUAUGUAUAACCUA